UGCCAACUUCAUAAAAUAAAUAAAUAAAAGAAAAUACAUUAUUUCUGCUUGUGUUGAGAACGGGACGCACAGAAGCUUUACCUUUACCAGUUUCUUUCCAGAUUCUCCUUCAAUCUCUGCAAAUUGCGGUCCAAAAAUGAGACUAACUCUCUUCCUCUUGUCUAUAGUAAAUUUCCACCAGGAAUUGACUUCUCAGUUUGGAAUUGAGAGAUUCUUGAAUCCCAAUAUGUGAUUUUUGGAAGUUGUGGUGACCCAGUUUGGAUUUUGGGGGGUUUCUUGAAAUACUUAUUGGAAAGCUAUGGAUACUUUAUUGAGAACGCAUAAUAAACUUGAAUUCUUGCCUCAACUUCAUGGUUUCUCGGAAAAAGUCAGUAUUUUCGAACCAAAAAAAGAGAAAAUUAGCAAUUCGAAUUUUAUAGAGUAUCAGAACUCUGAGGUUAGGUUUUGUUCCAAGAAAACUUAUCCAAAAAGGUGCAGAAAUGGAUGUGUUAAGGCUAGUAGUGGUGCCCUUUUGGAGCUAGUACCUGAAACCAAGAAGGAAAAUCUUGAAUUUGAGCUUCCUAUGUAUGACUCAUCAAAAGGUGGUGUUGUUGAUCUUGCUGUUGUGGGUGGUGGCCCGGCAGGCCUCGCAGUUGCCCAGCAAGUUUCAGAGGCAGGCCUUUCUGUUUGUUCAAUCGACCCAUCUCCUAAAUUGAUUUGGCCAAAUAAUUAUGGUGUUUGGGUGGAUGAAUUUGAGGCCAUGGAUUUGCUUGAUUGUCUUGAUACCACCUGGUCUGGUGCUGUUGUCUACAUUGAUGAUAAAUCGAAGAAGGAUCUUGGUAGGCCUUAUGGGAGGGUUAACAGGAAGCAGCUAAAGUCGAAAAUGCUACAAAAAUGUAUAUCCAAUGGUGUUAAGUUUCACCAAGCCAAAGUUAUCAAGGUUAUUCAUGAGGAAUCAAAAUCCCUAUUGAUUUGUAAUGAUGGUGUCACAAUCCAGGCUGCUGUGGUUCUUGAUGCAACUGGAUUUUCUAGAUGCCUUGUUCAGUAUGAUAAGCCAUACAAUCCAGGUUACCAAGUGGCUUAUGGAAUAUUGGCUGAGGUAGAAGAUCACCCAUUUGAUGUAGAUAAAAUGCUUUUUAUGGACUGGAGAGACUCACAUUUGAAAAAUAAUCCGGAGCUACAAAAGAGAAAUAGUAAGAUCCCCACUUUUCUGUAUGCAAUGCCCUUUUCAUCAGAGAGGAUAUUUCUCGAAGAAACUUCCCUAGUUGCUCGGCCUGGUGUACGUAUGGAAGAUAUCCAGGAAAGAAUGGUAGCUAGGUUGAAGCACUUAGGAAUAAAAGUGAAAAGUAUUGAAGAAGAUGAGCAUUGCGUCAUCCCAAUGGGUGGCCCCCUCCCCGUCCUUCCUCAAAGAGUUGUUGGCAUUGGUGGCACAGCUGGCAUGGUUCACCCUUCAACUGGGUACAUGGUAGCAAGAACUCUAGCGGCAGCUCCAGUUGUUGCCAAUUCCAUAGUCCAGUACCUUGGUUCCAGUAGAAGUCUUUCAGGAACCGAAUUGUCAGCAGAAGUUUGGAAAGAUUUAUGGCCAAUAGAGAGGAGGAGACAAAGAGAGUUCUUCUGUUUUGGCAUGGACAUUUUGCUCAAGCUUGAUUUACAAGCCACACGAAGGUUCUUCGAUGCAUUUUUUGAUCUUGAACCCCAUUAUUGGCACGGUUUCUUGUCAUCUCGUCUAUUUCUCCCCGAGCUUAUAUUUUUUGGGCUGUCAUUGUUUUCCCAUGCUUCUAAUACUUCCAGGUUAGAGAUUAUGGCAAAGGGAACGCUUCCUUUGGUUAACAUGGUCAACAAUUUAAUACAAGAUAGUGAAUAGAUGGCUAAGGAGUCCAUUUGUUGUCUGUUAAAUCCAUUCCAUCUGCAUCCUGAAGUUUAUAUAUGUUGUUGCCAGUAAAUGUCCAUAGAAUACGAAGUAGCUGUUCUUUUGUUAUCUUAAUUGUAUACACAAUCCAAUGGUUGAUGACUCUAAUUUGUUAUGGAAAGGAAGUACUUUGAUUCA